UUUAUUUCUUUGACUCUUCCUCAUCUAGCACGACUGCCGAUCCCCAAGUUCCUUCGUCUCCUACGCUCGAUUUAAUCCUGUCACAAUUUACACGGAAUAGAUCCGUUGAUGCAAUGAAUCGAUUCAAGCGCUCUACUUCUUCCCAGGGCCCUGCUUCUUCCGAUCCGGCGACCAUCUUGCUAUUUAUUGCCGGACCUGCCAUCUCUGGGUGCAUCAAUUCGAGUUGGAGGCCCGGCUGAAAUCUCUGGGAAUGGUGUAGCAGCUCCGCCUCUGAAAUCUGUAAGUCUGGAGGAGCCCGGCUGAAAUAUCUGGGUGUAUCUCUGGCCUCUGAAAUCUGAAUCAUCAAGAGGAGGAGGUGGACUGGAGUCUGGAGGAGCAACCAGCCACACGCUUCCAAAAUCCAGGUUGUUUCAUCUCAUUUUGUUCCAUGGUCUAUUUUUGAUACAUGAUAUUUGCAUGAUUGCAUCCUAGUUUCAUUUUCUGUAAUGUCUUCUAGAAAUAGGAAAUACCCUUCAGGACAUGAAAAACGUCAGAAAAAACAAAAGAUUGAUGAACUUACUCGAUCUCAAAGGGGUGCUCUUGAUAAAUAUUUAGCAAAAGAAUCAGGCAUUUCUUUUGAAAAUCGGACUGCAGAUGUUGGUACUGACAGUACCAAUGUUGAUUCUCAGUCUGGGGAUACUAAUGUUGAUAGAAACAUGGAUGUAGUUGUUUAUGACGAGAGUACUAAUAAUACCGAUGACAUAAAUGUUAAUGUUUCUUUGCAACCUGACAUAUUUGAUCCACGAAAUUGGGGUGCCCUUGAUUCUAAAUCAUUUGACAUAUUGGUAGAGAGGGGUCCUAAGAGAGAUUUAUCUAUCAGAAAGGGUCCCAAAGAUAAAUCUGGUAGAAGAUUUUCUGCAAUGUUAUACACUAGAGUUUUGCCAAAUGGAGAGGAAUCUGAUAGAGACUGGCUUGUUUUUUCUAAAGAUCUCAAUAGAGUUUUUUGUUUUUGUUGUAAAUUAUUCGGGAAGGGUCGAGGCAAAGGUCAGUUGGCUAAUGAGGGUUUUAGUGAUUGGAUACACCUUACCGCUAGACUUAAAGAGCACGAGGUUGGAGCAGAACAUGUUAAAAAUAUGGUCACAUGGUAUGAUUUGCGUCUCAGGUUGCAAAAGAAUGAAACUAUUGACAACGUAGCUCGACAACAACUUGAGAAAGAAAAGGACCACUGGCGAAAAGUUUUAUUUAGAAUUCUUUUGAUUGUUAAAUUUCUUGCAAAACAUAAUCUUGCAUUCCGUGGUACUAAUUCCAAAUUGUAUGAAGAUAGCAAUGGUAAUUUUUUAGGCUUGGUUGAAAUGUUGGCCGAAUUUGACCCGGUUAUUAACGAGCAUGUUCGACGCAUAACAAGUGAUGAAACUCACACUCAUUACCUUGGUCAUGGCAUCCAGAAUGAGCUAAUACAACUGCUUGCUUCUGCGAUUAAAUCAGAGAUCAUUAAAAAAAUAAAAGACGCAAAGUAUUACUCGGUGAUACUUGAUUGUACCCCUGAUGCAAGCCACCAAGAGCAAAUGUCUUUGAUUAUAAGAUAUGUUGAUGUAUCUUCGAGUUCUGUUUGUGUUGUUGAAUCUUUUCUAGGAUUUUUGAAUGUAAAUGAUACCACCGGGAAAGGACUUUUUGAUGUUUUGCAGAAUGAACUAAAGCAACUUAAUCUAGACAUAGAUAAUGUGAGAGGGCAGAGCUAUGAUAAUGGGUCAAACAUGAAAGGUAAGAAUCAAGGUGUUCAAAAGCGGCUUUUAAAUAUAAAUCCUAGAGCUUUUUAUACAGCAUGUGGAGCUCAUAGCCUCAACUUAACUCUCUGUGAUAUGGCCAAGUCUUGUGGUAAGGCUAAGGACUUUUUUGGAAUCAUACAACGUAUCUACACAAUAUUUGCUAAAUCAACUAAGAGAUGGCAGAUUUUAAAAGAUAACAUAGAAGGCUUAACUCUUAAGUCAGUAUCAUCUACUCGUUGGGAGAGUCGUAUAGAUAGUGUGAAAGCUAUCAGGUUUCAGAUUUCCAAUAUACGCGAGGCUCUACUACAAGUAGCUGAAACUGAUACAGAUGACAUAACUAGUAGUGAAGCUAAAUCUUUAGCAACUAAUGAUCUUGGUGAUUUUGAGUUUGUAGUAGCCAUAAUAAUUUGGCAUGAUAUAUUGGCUGCGGUAAACUUGCUGAUUACCUUUUUCAAUGGUUAUAGAGAAACUGGUUUUACAAGUUCUGUGGAAAUAGCAAAAGAAAUUGCACUUGAACUUGAUAUAGAUGCAACAUUUCGGAAAAAGCGUGAAAUUAAGAGAAAAAAACAAUUUGAUGAGAACCCUGAUGUUGUGCCGAUUGCUUCACAAUCUGCAUAUGAUUCGUUCAGGAUAAAGUAUUUUUUACCUGUUGUUGAUCAAGCUAUUGCUUCACUUACUACGAGGUUUGAACAAUAUAAAUCAUAUCAAAAAAUAUUUGGUUUCUUGUUUACUUCUCAAGCACUACGCCUGUUGGAUGAUAAAAGUUUAAGAUCUUCUUGUAAUUGCCUUGAGACUGCACUUAAAAAGGAUAAAAAAUCCGACGCUGAUGGUGACGAGCUAAAAUCUGACAUCGAUGGUAAUGAGCUAUAUGUAGAGUUAAAGUUACUCCAAAAUUUCAUCCCAAGGGAAACUUUGGGACCUGUUGACAUUUUGAAUUUCUUAAAACGAAUGGGUUGUUUUCCUAAUGCAACCAUUGCAUAUAGAAUUUUGUUGACUAUUCCAGUGACGGUUGCAUCAGCAGAGAGAAGUUUUUCUAAGCUAAAGUUGUUGAAGUCGUACUUGCGUUCGACAAUGACACAAGAAAGACUUAGUGGAUUGGCUAUGAUAGCAAUUGAAAACGACAUUUUGGAGAAAGUUUCUUAUGAAGAGCUAAUUGAAGAUUUCAUCUCAAGAAAUGCCAGAAGGAUGUCACGUUUCUGCUAAAGAACAUAGUACUUUUGAAUUAUGAGAAGGUUUUCCCACAAGAUGUAAUUCAUCCAAAAAAAGUUGUACAACCUGAGAAUAAAUAUAAUAUAAAUCGAUGUUUUUUCUAGUUGCCGAUGGUUAUGUUGAGGGCCCAAUUUUUUGUUUCACACGGGGCCUCCGUUUUCUCAGGUACG